AUGUGGACAGCAGUCCUACUCCCUCAGAUCUCAUUUGGGUGCUCCGCGUGGUAUACACAAGGAGCAUACGGUUCUAAAACGGUCGAGGAUCGUGCGAAUAGCACCUUCAGGUCGAUGCAACGGCAAGUUCUCCAGUAUAUCGCAGGUGCUUUCAGGACGACUGCCGGGCCAGCCCUGGAGAUAUGUCUGUUCGUUCCACCUGCACGAAUCGCCAUACAACGCCUUGCGGAAGAGGCCUGUCUUCGCAUACAUGCAUCACCUCUUAGGUCCACACUCGCUAGACGAAGCGACGAAGAACGACGAUACGGACUAGUAUCGCCACUCAAACGACUGGAGACACAUCUUAAGUUUAAGGGAAUCGAAGUCAAUAGGAUGGAGCUGAUCCGGCCGUUCGCGGUCCCCCCUUGGUGGCAACCGCCAGCGACCCGGAUCGCACCGGACAAGGAUACUGCCAUCAAGGAACAUGAUCUGAUUCUCCGGGCGACGCCUCUCUACGGACCGAACUCGGCGAUCGCCUACACAGAUGGGAGCAAAACAGAGGGCGAGGGCGUCGGUGCUUCAGCGGUCACAUCCAAAGGGAACGCAACCGCCAGGCUCGACGACCAGGAUACGGUAUACGCGGCUGAACUCAAAGGUAUCCUACUCGCACUCAGCCAGAUUAAAGAUGACCUAGUGAGAGAGCUCGUCGCUACUUCAAGAGCCCCCGCCCGCACGAUGACCAUCUUCACGGACAACGAGGCCGCCAUCCAGGCAUGUGCCCACCCGCGACGCAGCUCCGGGCAGCAGAUUCUCCGCAACAUCGCCAUCCAGAUAGAAAACCUACGACUGGCGGCCUGGCGCAUCCGUAUCCACUGGAUCCCCGGUCACAUGGGAGUCCAUGGAAACGAGCGCGUUGACGUCCUAGCAAAGCUCGCGGCAAAUACAUACGAUAUACUGGAUGAUAUGGGUAAAUGUUAUCAGUCUUCAAAUGUUGGAAGAGCAGGAGAUAGAGAUCAAUUUAUUUUGUGGACUCAGGUGUUCCCAUAG